AUUGGUUUCACUCACUCACUUAAGUAGUGAGUGUGAAACUAGUUCCACCCAGAAGCAAAGCGCAGCCCCCAAAGUAGGGUGAGAAAUCUCUCUCUUUCUCUCCUCUCUGUUUUUGAUCUUCAUCCCUUCCCUCUUUUGGAAUGGAUUCCCUCUCUCUCUUCUGCACCGGAGCUCUCAUCGCCGGCGGCCUAUACUGGUUCGUCUGCGUUCUCGGCCCCGCCGAACAAAAGGGCAAACGCGCCGCCGAUCUCUCCGGCGGAUCCAUCUCCGCCGAGAAAGUCCAGGACAACUACGACCAGUACUGGUCCUUCUUCCGCCGCCCCAAGGAGAUCGAAACCGCCGAGAAGGUCCCCGAUUUCGUCGACACCUUCUACAAUCUCGUCACCGACAUCUACGAGUGGGGUUGGGGCCAGUCCUUCCAUUUCUCCCCUUCCAUCCCCGGGAAAUCUCACCGCGACGCCACGCGCCUCCACGAGGAGCAUGCCGUCGAUCUAAUCGAGGCCAAGCCGGGUCACAAGAUCCUCGAUGUGGGAUGCGGAGUUGGUGGGCCCAUGCGUGCCGUCGCCGCCCACUCGCGAGCCAACGUCGUGGGGAUCACGAUCAACGAGUAUCAGGUGAAUCGGGCCAGGCAGCACAACAAGAAGGCGGGUUUGGAUUCUCUCUGCGAGGUGGUGUGUGGGAAUUUCCUCCAGAUGCCGUUUUCCGAUGAGACAUUCGACGGCGCGUACUCGAUCGAGGCGACAUGCCACGCGCCGAAGCUGGAGGAGGUGUACGCGGAAAUCUUCCGGGUUCUGAAGCCGGGGGCUCUCUACGUUUCCUACGAGUGGGUCACGACGGAAAAGUACGUGGCGGAGAAUCCUGAACACGUGGAGGUGAUUCAGGGGAUCGAGAGAGGCGACGCGCUGCCAGGGCUGAGGAGCUACGCUGACAUCACUGCGGCGGCGCGUAAGGUGGGGUUCGAGGUGGUGAAGGAGUUGGAUCUGGCGAAACCACCGGCGCUUCCGUGGUGGGACCGGUUGAAGAUGGGUAGGAUCGCGUACUGGAGGAACCACAUUGUGGUGACUGUUCUCGCCGCAUUGGGAAUCGCGCCGAAGGGGACGGUGGAUGUUCAUGAGAUGCUGUUCAAGACCGCUGACUUUUUGACCAGAGGAGGUGACACUGGAAUCUUCUCCCCGAUGCAUAUGAUCCUCUGCAGAAAACCCAAAGUCAACAAAAACGACGACGCUUAAACUUGAAGAAAAUUGAGAUGAAAUCAGAUUGAGGUAGUACCCUGAAAAUCUCGCUAGCACCCUGUUUCUGCUACUCUUUUUUUACUUUUCUAUAAUUUUGGAUUUAACUUAUUAUUAUUAUUGUCAAUGUGAACUUCAUGUAAUAUUUGGUUUUGAAUUUUCUAAUGUAGUUCUUUAAUUUUAA